GGAAAGGAGAAGGCCUGGCGCCCCCCUCACGGCCUCACCCUCACGCGCGCGCGGGACAAAACAAGUCGCUAAUGGAGCCCCCCGCGUAACCCACACCCACAAUCCCCCAGCGCGAGACGCACCAGAUCUCCCUCCGGGCCCGAACCGCGCCAGAGCACCGGUACGUGCAGCUCGCGUCCGGCAGGAGCGCGAAUCGGCUUGCCGGAGACGCGCGCGAGAUAGGGAGAGAUGGGGUUGGAGGCCGGCGAACCCAGCUCAAUCCUCAGCUUAUCUUCGGCCUUUUCAUAUGGAGUUGCAUCUAUGGCGAUGGUUUUCGUGAACAAAGCUGUUAUCAUGCAGUAUGUUCACUCCAUGACCCUCCUCACGUUACAGCAACUAGCUACAGCGCUUUUUAUACAUUUCGGCCAAUCUCUUGGAAUGUCCAAAAGGAAAGAUCUCAGCAUGGCAACAGCAAAGAAGCUUCUUCCGGUGUCAAUUUUCUAUAAUGCAAAUGUCGCGUUCGCUCUAGCAAGCUUGAAAGGGGUUAACAUCCCUAUGUAUAUUGCAAUUAAGAGGCUCACUCCCCUUGCUGUUUUGGUGUCUGGGUUCUUACGGGGGAAGGGGAAACCACCAACACAGGUGUCACUUUCAGUUAUCUGUACCGCCUUAGGUGUCCUUGUGGCAGCACUUGGAGAUUUUUCCUUUGACUUGUAUGGAUACUCCAUGGCUCUUACGUCAGUCUUCUUCCAGACAAUGUAUUUAAUUCUGGUGGAGAAAUCAGGCGCAGAGGAUGGUCUUUCCUCAAUGGAGUUGAUGUUUUAUAACAGCAUAUUGUCACUUCCAUUUCUGUUUUUCAUCAUCAUUGCAACAGGAGAAUUUCCCCAUUCUCUUUCAGUGCUGUCGGAAAAGACAGCUUCUGUGUCAUUCACUGUUAUUCUAAUUAUUUCACUGGUGAUGGGUAUCGUUCUCAAUUACACCAUGUUUUGGUGCACAAUUGUCAACUCUGCCCUGACAACUACAAUAGUAGGAGUUCUCAAGGGCGUUGGGUCUACUACCCUGGGUUUUGUUGUGUUGGGAGGCGUCAAAGUGCAUGCUCUUAAUGUCACUGGGUUGGUGAUCAACACAUUUGGUGGUGUCUGGUAUUCCUAUGCAAAGUACACGCAGAAGAAGAAAAUGCCACGAAAGAUUGCACCUGAUGAAGAGUCGCAUCCCCACAAGUAGCACCAGGGUCAAUACUCGAUAGCUUGUGUAGUUACACUGCAUUCUUUAAGAAGAGAACAACUAAGUACCAGUUUAAAUCUUUUUUUCUUGAGUCCUUCAUCAGCAACAAUAUGUCGCAUAGAGGAAGCUACAAAGUUGUUAUCUAUUUGCUUUUACUAAAUAUCAAUGUGUGUUUAUCAGCAGUAA